CGCACAAGACGAGGACAAAGAAGAGGCUGAGACACACAAGCGCAGACUUCAAACAGUUUACUGCGCCCGUGAGUCUCAGCCUCUUCUCUGUCCUCGUCUUGUGCACAAAAAGCUGCAUUCAUGUCCUACAUGGAGGAAGGAACUCUGUCCUACCAACAAACAUGACCAAACUAUGGUGUGCCAAAACAGUCACCUUAUUGGCGGAAGCGAUUUUGGAAGCCGGAAACAUGUGUGGCAUAGCUGUGGAUUCUCUAUGCAUGAAACCCAUGAAACUCUAUGGUGGAUACUACCUGUAGCAGACGACCUUCCCGUUCCUGUGCGCUCGCGUGCAACAUAAUGCGCACGUGUAUCUUUUGCGAUUACUUUGCGCUAACUUAUCGGCACCACGUGGUCUCCUCUAGAGCGGCGCACUGCGAUAGAGUGGGCGUGGGCACAACAGGCCACGAUAUUACCCGAAGCAGUGCCAGGUAUGUUGCCGUCGCAUCAACUAAUGGGUCGACUACUGCGACCAGGAAAUCAGUGGAAAGUAUGCAAGCUGAAAUCUCCCCGGUGGUACUCCCAAGAAGCACAAGCCAAAACUGCCAUCCUUUUGCACAAUAUGGGAGACUCCCAUCACACAGAAGACGUUGCAGCUUACCUUGAGAGGCUGUUCACUGACGAGGACAUCAUGUCUCUUCCUUUUCAGAGUGUUCUAGGCCCACUGAUUGCCAAGCGUAGAGCGCCAAGACUCAUGCAGAAGUACAAGGAAAUGGCUCCUGGAAAGGGCCUCUUGGAGUGGACUGAAAUGCAAGGAGCACUUCUCACCAACACACUAGACAAGACGUCGCCUGAAACUGGACCGCACAAGUACUUCAUUGGCUUCCGUUAUUCCAAGCCACUGAUAGAGGAUACUUUGUUGGAGAUUAAAAGAGAAGGCAUUGAGCAUGUAGUGGCCUUUUCCCAGUACCCCCAGUACAGCUGCUGCACUACUGGAAGCAACCUGAAUGCCAUGUACAGAUUCUGCAGCAAGCAGCAGCUGCUAAGCAAAGCAAAAUGGAUCUUCAUUGACCGAUGGCCUGUUCACAGUGCCAUCACUCAGGCAUAUGCAGACAUAAUUAAAGAAGAGCUCAAGAAGCUUCCAGAGGAUGUGCGACAACAAGUAGUUCUCCUGUUUUCUGCGCACUCUCUUCCACUGAAGGUUGUGGACAGAGGAGACACGUAUCCAGCCGAGGUAGCUGCCACUGUGGUCAGCAUUAUGAGCAAGUUGAACAACAGCCACCCUUAUCGCUUGGUGUGGCAGUCCAAGGUUGGCCCCAUGCCUUGGCUCAGUCCCAAGACUAAGGAAGCCAUGCGUGCGGUGGUGAAGGAAGGCCACCGGCACGUGAUGGUAGUGCCAGUGAGCUUCGUGAACGAGCACGUGGAGACACUUUACGACAUGGACGUCGAACUGGGAAGGGAGCUGGCACCCGAGAUUGGAGUGCUGAAUUUCAUUCGUGUGCCAGCCUUGAAUGAUCACCAUGUCUUCAUCCAGGGCAUAGCUGAUUUAGUGAAGGAACACCUGACGCUCAAACAAAAAUGUUCUCCACAGCUCCUCAUGAGGUGUCCCAUGUGCACAAGUGACACAUGUAAGAACAUGCGGAGGUGGAUUGAGGCAUUACCUUGACAUUCUAUAUUGCCUUUACUGCAGAAAUGAAGCUCACACGUGCAGGGAGUUAUAAAGUCACUCAGCAUACAAUAGUUAUGGUGCAAAGAAAGCACAAGAAAUGCGUUCCAGUACAUUAUGGUCACUGCAAAGCUGGUUGACUGAAGCCAUGUUUAUUCUAGCGUUGGCUGCUUACAGCCUAGGCAAUGCUUACACACUGCUCUUAUGAUGAUGGCCUCAAGAAAUUUGGUGCACGGCCAGUGUUGGGGAAUCGCUAGGCAUUGGUGGCACAAGGAAAUUAGAUUUAAAGUGUCUUGUAAGUUAAACAUGAAAGCUUUGUGUGCAGUCCCAGCUGCCCUUUGGAAAACAUUAUUGUCCUUGUCUUCCAACUUAAUCAGUACAGUGCCAUCAAGGUUCAUUAUAAAAAGCAUGUUAAAUGAUUAAGUUACUUCAGUGUUAGCUGCCACUACUACAAGAAAUGGAAAUGUGCAUUUUUCUCUCUCCAAUUUAAUUUGUGCAAUUCAUAUUUGUAUUUUUCACUGUUAAAAAUCCUCUUUGUGAUUUUACCAAUAAAUGAAAUAACGGUCUACUGCUUUUGUUAUGUGUAUUUUGUUACUCUGCUAAAAAUUUUGUUUCGCUCACAUUUGUUCCUUGCUAUUAAUGCUACAAGUAUUAGUGCAUUAUAAUCUCUGCAUUAUUGUGCAUCCGGCUCUUACUUCUUGCCCUAUAAAUUUUAUGCUACUGCAAAUAAAGCAUCAGUUGUUGCCACCUA